AUGGCCGGGCGGCGGCCGGCGGGCGGCCGCUGGGGGGCGCCGUCGGGGGGCUCGCCCCCCUGCCGGGCGGCGCCGCUGGCCCUGCUGCUCUGCCUGCUGCCCGCCGCCUGCCCGGGGGCGGCGCCGCCGGCGCUCAACGACACGGAGCCCAUCGUGCUGGAGGGCAAGUGCCUGGUGGUGUGCGACUCCAGCCCCUCCGCCGACGGCGCCAUCACCUCCUCGCUCGGCAUCUCCGUCCGCUCCGGCAGCGCCAAGGUGGCCUUCUCGGCCACGCGCAGCACCAACCACGAGCCCUCCGAGAUGAGCAACCGCACCAUGACCAUCUACUUCGACCAGGUAUUAGUUAAUAUUGGCAACCAUUUUGACCUGGCUUCCAGUAUAUUUGUAGCACCGAGAAAAGGAAUUUAUAGUUUCAGCUUCCACGUUGUGAAAGUAUAUAACAGACAAACUAUCCAGGUAAGUUUAAUGCAAAACGGCUAUCCGGUGAUUUCAGCCUUUGCUGGGGAUCAAGAUGUCACCAGAGAAGCAGCCAGCAACGGGGUCUUGCUUCUUAUGGAAAGGGAAGACAAAGUGCAUCUCAAACUGGAGAGGGGAAACCUCAUGGGAGGGUGGAAAUAUUCAACCUUUUCUGGCUUCUUAGUCUUUCCACUAUAAAGGGAGGCUGUGGAGAAGGAAGCCUGAUCUGCAAGCUGGAACAAGGAUCCAACCAUUA